AUGCGCUCAAUAGCUAUCCUGGUUGCAUGGCUGGCUGCUGCCGCCGCCGCACCAGUCUCUGAUCUCCAGAUCCCAGAGCUUCUGCCCCGUCAAAACACACCAGGGACUCCCCCGGCCAGCCCCCAGGGCAAGAUAGUCCCCGUCACCGUCGGCUCGACCAACAGGGAGAAGUCGCUUCGGUUCUACCCUGAUAAUGUCAGGGCUGCCAUUGGUGACACCAUACAGUUUCAGUUCUGGCCAAAUAACCAUACAGUUACGCAGGCAAUAGGCCCGGAGAACCCAUGCCGCCCGGUAGAGCCCGUGAACGGUGCAGAACCCCCCGUCAACAGUGGUUUCAUCCCGGGCUCAAUAGACAACGCCCCCGUGGGAACCUUUAGCAUGCAAGUCAAGUCGAUGGAGCCGAUAUACAUGUACUGCGCGAGAGCCCCUCACUGUGCCUUGGGCAUGGUCAUGAUCAUCAACCCCAAGAACGACGCGGAUGUCGAAGCAUACCGCAAGGCCGCCAUUGCAAGGAAUGAAACGAUAUACGGCGACAUUGCCAUCACCGGAGGCCAGGUUGGUUCCAUCCCGAACAACCAAGCCGUUCCCCCUCCAACCUAA